UGGAUUUUUUGGAGUAUUUUAAAGUAAAGAGUGAAAGUUUUUUUCAAAAUCAAAUUGAGAUGUUUGUUGGGGAAUUAAUAAAUAUUUUUAAAGAGAUGUUCCAUAGAUUCGAACAGUUUAUUCGAAGACAUACCCGGAAAGAGUGUCCUUCCCAUUUUCUCUUAUUUGUUAGGCCAAAUGUUCUUCACUUUUCCAGUGUUUAGCAAUUAAAGUUCAGGAGUUAAUAUUUAAGUAACAAAAUACACCCGAAAAUUUUUUUGAGUUUUUUUGACAUUUAGUAGGAAUUUUCGAUGAAAUUUUAGAUUAAUUUUGUUAACUUUAUUGUUUUAAAUUUUUUUUAUAAAUAAAAACUUUUCUCUAUUAGUGCCAAUUAGUAGUCGAAAGAUUUCGUUCUGGUUCAAUAGAUUUAUUAAUUUGUACAGAAUUAAUGGGACGUGGAAUUGAUUUUCAAAAUGUUAAUUUGGUUAUUAAUUUUGAUUUGCCAACAUCAAUUAUUUCUUAUAUUCAUCGAAUUGGCAGAACUGGGAGGGCUGGACGUGUUGGAAGGGCUAUAACUCUAUUUACGGAAUCGGAUAUGCCAAUAAUUCGCCCAAUUUCAACAGUAAUUCACCAAGCUGGCUUUCCUGUACCCGAAUAUUUACUUAAAUUACACAAACCAACACGAGAAGAAAAGAAAAAUUUGAAGAAAAGAGCGCCAAAAAGAAAAAAUUUAAUAAUUCGUUGGGGACGUUUAAAAAAUAAAUUUAGGCCGAUACAAAAAUUUAGAAAAAAUAUAAAAAUUGAGAAAGAAGAAAAUUUGGAAAAUAAUAAAAGAAAAUUAGUAAAUGAAGAAAAAUUAAUUGAAAAUAAAAUACCUCAAAAAAUAAAUGAAAAGAAAAAGAGGAGAGAAAAAAUUAAAAGAGAUUGUCCUACUAUUUUAAAUUCAAAACAGCCAAAGAAAGUUGAAAAUAAAUUAAAAAAUACUGAUGAGGGUGAAUGGCAAUUAGUUACUCCAAAAAGAAGGAAAUGA